UCCAAAAGCAUCCUGUCACUUUUUCACCCAAUGGAGCUGGAGGGCCAGUGGUGGAAAGGCCAGCUCGCCGGAGAUAUUUACCAUGCUCUACGCUACAAGGAGCUGAGGUUGCCUGUUUACAAAGGUCAGUCCCCACAACUGAACCUUAGGCGUUACUUUGCAGACCUCAUAGCCAUCGUGAGCAACCGCUUCAGGCUGUGUCCAGCAGCUAGACACCUGGCUGUGUACCUGCUGGACCUCUUCAUGGACCACUAUGACAUCUCUGUGCAGCAGCUCCACAUGGUGGCUCUUUCAUGCCUACUUUUGGCUAGUAAAUUUGAAGAGAGAGAGGACAGAGUGCCUAAGCUGGAAACCCUUAACAGCCUAACUUGUAUGAGCUCCAUGAACCUGGUGUUGACCAAACAGGGCCUGUUGCACAUGGAGCUGCUUCUCCUAGAGAACUUCCACUGGAACAUUUACUUACCCACAGCUGCCCACUUCAUCGAGUAUUACCUGUCAAUUGGUGUCAGUGAAACAGAUCUACAUGAUGGCUGGCCAAUGGCGUGCUUAGAGAAGACAGUGUUGUAUAUGAAUAAAUAUGCAGAUUACUUUUUGGAAGUCUCUUUGCAAGACCAUACAUUUCUACGAUUUGCACCGUCGUUAGUAGCUGCUGCCUGUGUGGCUUCAUCUCGGGUAAUCCUGCAUUUGGCUCCAACCUGGCCACCUCGCCUACAGCGCCUGUCCGCCUACACCUGGGAGCAGUUACUUCCCUGUGUGGAGAGAUUGCUUCUUGCCCAUGAUAAUGAUUUAAAAGAAGCCAACAAGCAGAAGUGCCCACUACAGCAGUCCGGUCCACAGGCAGGGCAAGCUAUGUACUCCGCGCAAAGCCAGAGUGCCACAGUAGCCCAGUAUGUCCACAGACCCACCUUGCAAUACGCCCAGCAGAGCUGCCAACCUGUGCUGGUCUCAGCCCACGCCUCAGGUGCUUACCUUUGCCACAGUGGUUCACUGCAGGUGUCUAGUGGCCCAUCACGUGGGCAAGCACAGCCACAGACUCUCUCUGUACCAAUGGAUGCUAAGAUGAAGGUACCAAACAGGUCCUUCCAGGUGAACUCUGUUUACUCAUGCACAGCACCGUGCUUCAACAGGUGAUUGCAGCUGGACGCCAGCUACAAACUGAGUAGUUAAUUAUUUAAAGGACAUUUAGUGAAUAAUAAAGCAAACUCUGAAAAUGAUGGUAAUGCCAAAUUACCAUCCAAAGCCGGAUAAUUCGAGCUCCUGAAUCCUGUUUUAAUAAUUAAAAAACAGUGAAGUAAUGGACAUUGUGUUAAAUAUUGUAAUAACUGGACAAUGAGGCACAAAGUGA